AGCCGCAGCCGCAGCCGCAGCCGCAGCCGCAGCCGCAGCCUGGGGACAGAAGGCGGCGCCCGCGGGCGGCCGGCCCCGGCAUGGAGAAGCGGGCGGCCGCUGGGCCCGAAGGCGCGCCGGGCGCCCGGACGCAGCUCGCCGUCGUCUGCCUGGUGAACAUCGUUCUCACUGGGAGGCUCAGCAGCGCGGUUCCUGCCUUAGCUGCCUGUAGUGGGAAAUUGGAGCAGCACACAGAACGGCGUGGAGUCAUCUACAGCCCAGCCUGGCCCCUCAACUACCCGCCGGGCACCAACUGCAGCUGGUACAUCCAGGGUGACCGUGGGGACAUGAUCACCAUCAGUCGUCUCUGCUCCAACAGCUUCCGUAACUUUGACGUGGAGGAGUCCCACCAGUGCUCCCUGGACUGGCUCAUGCUGGGCCCCGCAGCCCCGCCCCGCCAAGAGGCCUUCCGGCUCUGUGGCUCUGCCAUCCCGCCUGCCUUCGUCUCUGCCCGGGACCACGUCUGGAUCUUCUUCCACUCUGACGCCUCCAGCUCCGGCCAGGCCCAGGGCUUCCGUCUCUCAUACAUUCGAGGGAAGCUGGGCCAGGCGUUCUGCCAGGCAGAUGAGUUCCGCUGUGACAAUGGCAAGUGUCUGCCUGGCCCAUGGCAGUGCAACACGGUUGAUGAGUGUGGUGAUGGCUCUGACGAAGGCAACUGCUCGGCUCCUGCAUCUGAACCACCAGGCAGCCUGUGCCCUGGGGGCACCUUCCCCUGCAGUGGUGCACGCUCCACGCGCUGCCUGCCCUCAGAGCGGCGCUGUGAUGGCACACAGGACUGUGGCGAUGGCUCGGAUGAGGCGGGCUGUCCUGACCUGGCAUGCGGCCGGCGCUUGGGUAGUUUCUAUGGCUCCUUUGCCUCCCCAGACCUGUUUGGUGCAGCCCGAGGGCCCUCGGACCUUCACUGCACGUGGCUGGUGGACACGCAGGACCCGCGGCGCGUGCUGCUGCAGCUGGAGCUGCGGCUGGGUUAUGAUGACUACGUACAGGUGUAUGAGGGCCUGGGCGAGCGUGGGGACCGCCUGCUGCAGACACUUUCCUACCGCAGCAAUCACAGGCCUGUGAGCCUUGAGGCCGCCCAGGGCCGCCUCACCGUGGCCUACCAUGCCCGCGCCCGCAGCGCUGGCCAUGGCUUCAAUGCCACCUACCAGGUGAAGGGCUAUUGCCUCCCAUGGGAGCAGCCCUGUGGGAGCAGCAGUGAGGGUGAUGUGGGUGACACAGGAGAGCAGGGCUGCUUCUCGGAGCCACAGCGCUGCGAUGGCUGGUGGCACUGCGCCAGUGGCCGUGACGAGCAGGGCUGCCCCGCCUGCCCGCCGGACCAGUACCCCUGUGAGGGUGGCAGUGGCCUGUGCUACACACCUGCUGACCGUUGCAACAACCAGAAGAGCUGCCCAGAUGGCGCCGAUGAGAAGAAUUGCUUCUCCUGCCAGCCCGGCACCUUCCAUUGUGGCACCAACCUGUGCAUCUUUGAGACGUGGCGCUGUGAUGGCCAGGAGGACUGCCAGGAUGGCAGCGAUGAGCAUGGCUGCCUGGCAGCUGUGCCCCGGAAGGUCAUCACUGCCGCCCUCAUCGGCAGCCUGGUCUGUGGCCUGCUGCUGGUCAUCGCCCUGGGCUGCGCCUUCAAGCUCUACUCGCUGCGCACGCAGGAGUACAGGGCCUUUGAGACACAGAUGACGCGCCUGGAGGCAGAGUUUGUGCGGCGGGAGGCCCCCCCGUCCUAUGGUCAGCUCAUCGCCCAGGGCCUCAUUCCCCCUGUGGAGGACUUUCCCGUCUACAGUGCAGCCCAGCCGCCGCCCCACUCUCCAGGCCUCGGUGCUACAGAACCUUCGCACAGCCAUGCGGCGACAGAUGCGCCGACACGCCUCCCGCCGAGGGCCUUCCCGCCGUCGCCUCGGCCGCCUCUGGAACCGGCUGUUUCACCGGCCACGGGCACCACGCGGACAGAUCCCACUGUUGACCGCUGCGCGCACCUCGCAAACAGUGCUGGGCGAUGGGCUCCUCCAGCCUGCAUCAGGGGCUGCCCUAGACCCCCCAGCACCCCUUCUGGACACAGGCAGCCCCGGGGCAGCUGGGGAUGGGUGCCCCGGCAUCCCUGGCCACACACCAGAGGUGGGACCUUCUGUGCCAAUCCCCUCAGGACUGCAGGACCCGGAGAGCAGACUGGUAGACAAGGACAGAAAGGCCUGCAGGGACCCCAUGGUGGACAGCCCAGCCCCUGCAGAAACACCUUGGGAGCCUUGCUCAGCCCAGGACUCUCACCCCCCAGCCCCUGCUGCCAGCAGCACUCUAGGCCCCCACCCACCAGAGCCACUGGCUGUCUCUCCCCCCACCUGCUCCCCAAUGCUGGAGGCCAGUGACGACGAGGCUCUGCUUGUCUGUUGACUGCCGGACACGCUGGAGACUGCCACAGCCCCGCUUUGUAACCAGGGAAUACACAGUCAUUUCUA